UACCAUUUCCUCACAGAUCAGCUAACGGUAUAUGGGAGAGGGUCAGAGGUUUCUAAGGUCAUGAAAAAAGGCUUUCUUCUCUCUUGCAUGAGAAAAGCAGAAGACGCAAGGGAGACUGGUUCUACAAGCUUUAUUUGGGAGUGUUGACCAAAUAUGGAACAUUUCCUCCACACUCGAGACUUGAGCAGGAAUCGAACGCACAGGUUCAGCUCAUCUGAGAGUGAAGCCUUGUCCCUUUCAAAUGUCUGAUGGAAAACAGGAGUCAGAGAAACUUGUUUCAAGUUCCAAACUUUCUGCUACUGUUCCUGCAUUUGUGCCCAGGAUAGCAAACACUGGGUCAGUACCUUCUGGAAGUCUGGUUAUUGGCUCUACACUUUCCCCUCUAGUUCCAGAGUUCAAACCAUCCAAUGCAACUUUCUCCCCUCCUUAUGCUGUUUCAUUUUACCAACCAUUGCUCACUUAUGAUGAUCAUUACAACAGCCAGAAGAGGAUUGAAUACAAGCAAAAAAACCAAGGAGAUUAUUUAAAAUCCAAGAAAAGCACUGCUAAGGCUGUUACUUUGAAGAAAAAGGAAGAAAUUUAUAAAGAAGAAACUAGUGUGGAAAAUGGGGCAGAUGAAAACCUCACCACAAACACAAAGAAAAAAAGACGUAGAAGAAAGCAAAAGGAACCUAAUGACUCUACUCAACAACAAACCAAAGAGGAAUUAAACAGCAGAGGCCAAACAGAAGGCACACAAGGAUUGAAUGUUGAAAAAGAUAAAUCAGAUGGGACAGAACACAACCAUGCCAACUCAACUCACGAAAGUGAGCAGUUUCCUAGUCUGCAACACAAUUCUUCAGUUGUUGAUUUCUCCAUAAAUAGCACUGAAUGCACAAAAUCAGAUACCACAAACUUAACAAUAAGUUACAGUGACAAAGUCAAGAGUGUGGCAGCAAAAAAUGUGAGCAAUAGUGGCCAUAGUGCAGUGACAGUGAAGUCUUGGGUGAAGGAUUUUAUGGAAAACAACCCUAGAAGGAAAAACAAACACCUUUUGAGCUCAGAUAAUUUUGAUGGUAAGAAGGUGUCAAUUGAUAACUUGAGCUGUGCAGAUAAAAAAGAUGAUCAGAGCGAUGAUCAAGAGAAAGGACCCAAGGAAACAUGGAGUGCAUUGAAGGAUAAAGGAUAUGAAAAAUUAAAGCAUGGUGAAAUCUCCAAAUUAGGAACUAGAACAGUGGAUCAAUCUCCAAGAAUGGCAACACAAAAUCAAAGAAAUAACUAUGUAAAAAAAUUGACUUGCGAUAAUGAUGACAACUGGAGACUCAAGAGGAAUGAUACCGAUGCUGUGCGACAUCCUACUGUUUCAAGCAAAAUGGAAUCUUUUAAGAGUUCAAACAUUAGGACUACUGAUACUGACUCUGGGAAGAAGAGAACUUGUCAAGAAAAAAUCAAGGUUGAUGGACAGAAAUGUGACACAAGACAUGUUGCACACAAAGAAUCGGGCAGUGUUACUGCCAAGAUUGAGACUUCAAAGAAACAGCAAAACUUGAAUGGAAUGAGUUCAGUUUUAUUGACAAAUGAGAGUGAUACAAAACAGUAUGAUUCUAAUGUUAAAAGGAACUUUCAGUGUAACCCUCGGGGAACAUCUGAUGAGAAAGAAAGCUCAUUGUUUGGUUCUUCAAACAGCAGAAUGGAAGAAGGUGACUUUCCCAAUUUAUCUGAGAGUGUAAAAAUUAAAAGACCUUUUACUGUUGACAGACAGGCAACUGAACUCAAGGAAGUAAUCAGUUUUCACAAACCACCAUCAGCUCCUUUGUCUUACAGUGCUGCAUUGAGAGCAGUUCCUAAACCAAAGCCAGUUCCAGUCAGUCCAUCACAGGACAGUGGACAGUCUAUCAAGGAGGGUCGUGGUGUGUUGCAGGUUUCGUCAGAAGCUAUAAUGGAUGCUGUGGAAGAUGGUGAAAAUCAGAAAAAGAAGAAGAAAAAGAAAAAGAAAAAGAAAUCUUCAGAGACUGGAGAGAAGGCACAACAGAAUGCAUCUUCCAAGCGAACUGAAAAGCCUAUUCAAGUUGAUCUUGGUAGCAUGUUGAAAACAAUUUCAAUUCCUGAAAGAAAGCAAAGUGGUAAAAAGCAUGUGAUAUCCACCGGUGUGCUACCAAGUCAGCUGUCCACAACUGCUGAGGCAAAAUCUCCUGUGAAGAAUGCAUGGUUACUUAAGAGAGAACAGAAUAAGGUCCCUCAUAACAUGUUAGACUCCACUGCACCAGUUAUCAAACGUGGCAAAGAGCGAGAGACUCCAGCAAGGAAGAAGCCAAGUGCUCUGAAAAAGAUUAUUCUGAAGGAAAGAGAAGAGAAGAAGAAAGCAAGAGAAACUGGAGGAACAUCGGAUACUGACAAAGACAAUGAAGUUUGUGAAGAUAAAGAAAACAGGACAAAUAACCCUGAAUUUGAGAAUACUGUUCAAGAGGAAGACGUGCAGAGUCCAUCAGAGGAGGACACAUCCGGGGCAGAAGUAUCUUCUCCUACAGAUCAAGAAAUAGCUGCUGAAAUUCACAGUCGCCGUUUUCGAGAGUAUUGCUUUCAAGUUCCAGAUAAGGAGGUGGACUCUGUGACAACUGAACUGUUGAGAGAACUUGUACGUUUUCAAGACAGGCAGUUCCACAAGGAUCCAGUGAAGGCCAAAGCAAAGAGAAGAUUUGUGCUAGGCCUUAGAGAGGUCAGCAAACACCUCAAGUUAAGGAGGGUGAAAUGUGUUAUUAUCUCCUCAAAUGUGGAACGAAUAAAAUCUGCUGGAGGUCUAGAUGAAACCUUGAGCAGUAUAAUAAUGUACUGCCAAGAAAAUCAGAUUCCAGUGGUGUUUGCUCUGAAACGUCAGUUGCUAGGCAAAGUACUGUUGAAGAAGGUUCCUGUCAGCAUUUGUGGGAUAUUUAACUACGAUGGAGCACAGGAACAUUUCAAGAAACUCAUUGAGCUGACACAGAAAGCAAAGGAAGCCUAUUCUGAGAAAUGGCAAGAAACUAGGGAAAAACUUGAGCAGUCCCAGAAGGAGUCAACAGCUGAUGCUAAGAUGUGUAGUGCUGGGGAAGGAGAAUAUAACCAGUUUUUAUGCAAUGACACUGGAGGAGAGGACACCAAGAAGACACACCAUUUUGAGGAUUUAGUUGAAGCUGGCAAGGAUGAUGAUGAUGAUGAUGAUGAUGGAGAUGAUGAUGAUGAUGAUGAUGAUGAUGAUGAUGAUGAGGAGGAGGAGGAGGAGGAGACAGAGGGUAGCCAUGACAUUGAAGGGAAUGGAGGUGGCACAGUAGAAAAUGAUUUAUUUGUUCAAGACAUGUAGUCAGUCUUUGCAGGCUCUAAGUUGAUAUGAAAUGAUCUCUUCACUAUCGAUUUAUAACCUUAAGUCAGUCCAUAUUUACAUGAGUGAUGCCAAUCAUACAAAUACAACAACAGCGAAGCUGGAUUCUGAUUCUUUAAAAACCAGUCAAUCCAACUUGUAACAAAUUUUAAGGCACAAAAUAUAUCUUGUUCAUAAAUAUUUCACUAUAAAAAUGUGAAUUUGACCUUUUUCUAUGAGAAAAUGAACCUGAAGUUCAUUUAACAGUGCACAGUGCAAGCUUUAUUUGAAAGUGAUAAUUAACUGCAAGAGUUGUGUUACGUGCUCCCUAAAAUUUUUGUUUUUCUCAAUACAUACAUUUGUUAGAAGUUGUGAAGCCAGGUAUGCCAAACUGUUGUUCGAAAACGUAAACUCAGUGUUUGAGCUAUGAGCUUAAAUUUUCUAUUGGUUAAAAGUUGAUGAGGGAAACUUGGAAUCAGCUCUUACAUAAAGAAAUCUAGCCGAAAUAAUCUACUGGUAAUAGAAAUUGUUUCCGUACAAAUUUACUGGUGACUGAAACCUAAAAAAACAGACUCGUGUUUUUAUUUGACAGUGAGACAAAUAUUUAGGAAUAGAUAGUAAGUCGAGUAGCCAAUCAGAUGGAAGCAUUUUUGUUAGAUUGCCACAAAAUUUACUCUAAGAUGACAGAUACCCAAUGAGGUUGUAGUCUUGAUUUUGCAUACUGGUAGAUAAUCUCAUAUAAUACAUACACAAGGGGAAUUACUGUUUUAUUAAUAUGAUUUGAUGCCAGCUAUAUUAUUUAUUGUGAUCCAGUUAAUUUUAAAUAAAAUAACAUGAUACAAUCAUGGUA